AUGUCAUUUUUCAGAGACUUAAUAGAAUCUACCUUCCCAGCUGUUUACGCUGAAGAACCAGAAGAAGAAGAACAACCUCAAGAAGAAGAAUCUGAUGGUGAUGACGAAGAUGAAGACGAUGAAGAUGAAGAUGAAGACGAUGAAGAUGAAGAAGAACAACCAGAUCCAUUGGAUGCUUUACGUGAAGAAUGUGUCAACAGUUCUGCUUGUAAAUCUUACAAUCACCAUUUCCAAGAAUGUGUUGAAAGAGUCACCAAAGAAAUGGAAGAACCAGAUUAUGAUCAAAAAGAUUAUAAAGAAGAUUGUGUUGAAGAAUUUUUCCAUUUACAACAUUGUGUUAAUGAUUGUGCUGCUCCAAGAUUAUUCUACAAAUUAAGAUAAGAAAGUAUAAAAAGUAUACAAGGUAUACAAAGUAUACCAACUGUACAUAACUAUUCCAAUAAAUGGAAUAAAAGGUACCAUCUUUUAUUCUGAUAUAUUC